GCUCAUUCUGCGCGCACAGCGCUGUAACUUAUCCCCACAGUAGGUGGAGGGAACUAAGCCCCCUGGGAGCCACGUCACUCCUCCUGGCAUAUCAACCACCGUCCGCUGUGCGCGUGCAGCACACCGCCGUGAGGACGUCAGGAUCGCAUCCAUCCGCGGCGCGACAUGUUGUGCGCACUGAAUCUAAGUCGAGCAGUCCUCCCCGAAUCCGCGCGUUUCGGCGAGGAGGCGUUUGCGUGUUCAGGCAUACAAGCGGGCUAAAGGGAAACUCCGCGGCACAACGGGGAAGGUCGUUCAAAGUGGAAGGGAGCGCUCGCGCCGAGCAUGCGUCUGCGUGGCGACGGACGCAUCACGAAGAGCCCGCAUCCGUAACUUCGGGAUUUACUUGUAAAGCCGCUUUCUGAGGAGAUCGCGGGAUAUUCCGUGUGUACAAACAUGCCGGUAAGAAGAGGUCACGUUGCGCCACAGAACACAUUCCUUGGAAUAAUCAUUCGGAAAUUUGAGGGUCAGAACCGCAAAUUCGUGAUAGCCAACGCCAGAGUGGAGAACUGUGCGAUCAUCUACUGCAACGACGGCUUCUGCGAGAUGACCGGCUUCUCCCGGCCCGACAUCAUGCAGAAGCCGUGCACCUGCGACUUCCUGCACGGGGACCUGACCAACCAGGAGGCCAUCGGACAGGUGUCCCAGGCCGUGCUGGGGUCCGAGGAGCGCAAGGUGGAGAUCACCUACUACCGCAAGGACGGCUCUGAUUUCCAGUGCUACACUCACAUAAUCCCAGUGAAGAACGAGGAGGGCGUGGUGAUGAUGUUCAUCUUAAACUUCGACUACGUCCUGGACGAGGGAAGCGACAACUCCGCUGAGAAAAUAAGCCCCACGUCGCCCACGAAGUCUGAUCAAAGGAGGAGCCGAUUCUUCCGCUUCCGCCAGGCUGCUUUGAGCCUAAUGAAUACCAACAAGCAAUCUCUUCCGCAAGAAGACCCAGACGCUGUAAUGGUGGACUCCCCCAAAGAGAACGAGGACUCAGUGGCCCUGCAGAGCUUCCCGUCUCCCACCAAAAGCACUUGUACGCCCAUCGAGGCAAACGACACGCACGCCCUCAUCAGCUCCAGCCACCACUCCUCCCAGGUCAGCGUCGGCCCGGAACCAGUUGACCAUUCGUCCCCCAAACUCCCAUGGGAGAAGCUGUACCAUGCGGAGCCACACCAGUCCUCAACCUCCCUGUCCAACACCUUCCCCCGAGGCAGCAUCAGCAGCAUGAGGCGAGCCUCAUCCGUCCAUGAAAUCGAGGGCUAUAGCUCGAAUCCUAAUAGCCUAUUCAGGGAUCGACACACCAGUGAAGGCCCUUUUAACCACAUCAAGUCCAGCCUUCUCGGCUCUACCUCCGAUUCCAACAUCAACAAGUACAGCACCAUCAACAAGAUCCCCCUGAUUGCGCUCACCUUCUCCGAGGCGACCGAUAAGAAGGCCCAUUCCCCGCCGACAUCGGAGAAAGCAAUCAUAGCGCCAAAGGUCAAAGACAGAACUCACAACGUCACAGAGAAGGUCACACAGGUCCUGUCGCUCGGAGCUGACGUGCUGCCCGAGUACAAACUCCAGACGACCCGCAUCGACAAGUUCACAAUCCUCCACUACAGCCCCUUCAAAGCCGUGUGGGACUGGCUGAUCCUGCUGCUCGUCAUCUACACGGCCAUCCUCACCCCCUAUUCCGCCGCGUUCCUCCUCAACGACCAGGAGGAGCAGAAGAGGCGGGAAUGCGGCUACUCCUGCAGCCCCCUCAACGUGGUGGACUUAAUAGUGGACAUCAUGUUCAUCAUUGACAUUCUCAUAAACUUCAGGACCACUUAUGUCAACCAGAACGAGGAGGUCGUCAGCAAUCCAGCGAAGAUCGCCAUCCAUUACUUUAAAGGCUGGUUCCUUAUAGACAUGGUGGCAGCAAUCCCAUUCGACCUGCUUAUAUUUGGCUCAGGAUCAGACGAGACCACCACUCUGAUUGGCCUCCUGAAGACCGCUCGCCUCCUGCGCUUGGUGCGCGUGGCCAGGAAGCUGGACCGCUACUCCGAGUACGGCGCCGCGGUCCUGAUGCUGCUCAUGUGCAUCUUCGCCCUCAUCGCUCACUGGCUGGCCUGCAUCUGGUACGCCAUCGGCAACGUGGAGAAGCCCUACUUGGAGCACAAGAUCGGCUGGCUCGACAACCUGGGCGUGUCCAUCGGCAAGAGAUACAACUACAGCGACCCCAGCUCCGGUCCGUCCAUCAAGGACAAGUAUGUGACAGCGCUUUACUUCACCUUCAGCAGCCUGACCAGCGUGGGCUUUGGGAAUGUUUCCCCGAACACCAACUCUGAGAAGAUCUUUUCCAUCUGUGUCAUGUUAAUUGGCUCUCUCAUGUAUGCCAGCAUUUUCGGGAACGUCUCCGCCAUCAUCCAGAGGUUGUACUCAGGCACGGCUCGCUACCACGCCCAGAUGCUGCGGGUCAAAGAAUUCAUCCGCUUCCACCAGAUUCCCAACCCGCUGAGGCAAAGGCUGGAGGAGUACUUUCAACACUCAUGGACCUACACCAACGGCAUUGACAUGAAUACGGUGUUAAAAGGUUUUCCUGAGUGCCUGCAGGCCGAUAUCUGUCUUCACCUCAACAGGAAUCUUCUCCAUAACUGCAAAGCGUUCCAAGGAGCCACCAAAGGCUGCUUGAGGGCGCUGGCCAUGCGUUUCCAGACCACGCACGCGCCUCCUGGAGACACGCUGGUCCACUCUGGCGAUGUGCUCACGGCUCUCUACUUCCUGUCCCGCGGCUCCAUCGAGAUCCUCAAAGACGACAUUGUGGUGGCCAUUCUGGGAAAAAAUGACAUCUUCGGGGAAAUGAUCCAUCAGUUUGCCAGUCCUGGAAAGUCCAAUGCUGACGUGCGAGCUCUGAGCUACUGUGACCUGAGCACUAUUCAGAGAGAGGAUCUGCUGGAGGUGAUUGACAUGUACCCGGAGUUCGCCGACUACUUCUUCAACAACCUGGAACUCACCUUCAACCUCAGGGACGAGUCGGCCAAGCCCCCCGAUCCCCAAGGCUGUGACUCGGAUGGACAAGGCACUAAAACCAUGAAAAGGAGGAUCUCCUUCACGCCAGAUCCACCUAAAGGGGAAAACAAGGAAAUGGAAAAGAAUAUGAGGAAGGAGAGAAGUAGCUUGUGCCUAAAGACGGGGUCAGGACUCCUGAGCCCCCCUUCACCGAAACCCUCCAUCCACAACUCAAACGCUACUGUAGGAGAUGCCUUGGAGAGAAGCCCAUCGUUUGAAGAUCUGCGCUGUGAAAAAUGGGCCUGUAAAAAGCCAACGGACUACCUGGAUGAGUCAGCGCAGUUCCAGGACCUCCGAGAGGACGAUAACUCUGCCAGCGAAAUCACGUACGGGGAGGUGGAGCAGCGCCUGGGUCAGCUUCAGGAGCACUUGAGCAGGCUGGAGUCUCAGCUGCUGUCGGACAUUCAGACCAUCCUGCAGCUGCUGCAGAGGCAGCCGACGCUGGGACCGCCGGCCUACAGCGCCGUCACCAGUCCGCACUACCACAGGCCUGCUGUGAAGGUCCAGCCGGUCGUUCUGACGGCAGGCCACUAUUUCAGCUACGCGGGAACUCAAGGCCCCGUCCACAAGGCGGAGAGCACGGAGCCGGCGCCGACGGAGAGCGGCCUCGUGCAAAGACACGCGGAGGCCCGACCGCAGCAGCAGCAGUCCGCGGCCACUCUUCUUCCAGCUGAAAGCUCCUCCUCUUCCUCCUCAGCCCCUUCUGAUACCAACCUCAGCACCACCGGGCUCCUCAGGCCCGGCUCGCAACUGGAAGUUCCCCGGCCGUAAACCAGCAGCACAGUAUUCUACUGUAGGAGUUGUAAUGCUGUAGUUACUAAGUAGCAACUUUUUUUUUAUCAGCAUGCUGGCACAGACAUAUGUAUUGUCAAUUUGUAAUGCCUUGUUAUUAGAAAUACGACGUUAUUUUCCUUCCAUGAUGCAUGUGGACGAAACACUGCUGUCUGCGGUUAACACUGUAGUAGAAUGUGUUUUCUGCAGCUACUAGUACAUAGCCAUGGGUCCAUUUUGUAGCAACGGUAGCCCCAUCGAGCGUCAUCAUUAGGUUCCUCAUAUGACAUAUGUCCUGACGCGUUUUGAUGCCCAAACAAUCGGAAUGAAUGUAAUCUGACCGCCCCCACGCGAGGACGACCGAGGGACAGUCUCUCCAACGAUGAGCCCGCCGGCCCGUGCUCACGCUAGCUGGGCCCGUUCCACCAGAGCGCCACGUAAUGCGGGCCGCUUCCCGGUGUCAUCUGCAGAGCCAGGGUGGGUCCGGCUCCCCCGGCACUCGGGCCGUAGCCUCGCCAGGCUGUGCGGCAGAUGGAGCAGGUGAGCUGGGCAAACCAGGAAGCACGGUGCCCAAGGUUGGUAGGAAUAGCCUCAGGAAAGACACGGAUGCUGGGCUCACGAGGGUCCAGGGAGAAAGCGAGAGAGGAUGAUUCCAGCCUCUUGGGCUCCACUCAAAAGUGACACAAACCAUCCAUCUUGUCCCCCCUGGCCGGUGCCAGGCGCUACGAGGAGGUGGCCGAGCUCUGCGGGACUUUUUGCAUCUCCGUGAACGUCGUGCAUGCGCGAACGCCCGAAGCCAGUUGCCGCAACUUACGCAUCGCACCUGAAACGGAGACACCGCCCGAUGUGACGCAUGACGGUCACAGCUGACGUUAUCCAUGUUAGAGCCCGUUAGAGUCUGAAGCCUGUGUGUGUGUGUGUGAGGCAUAUUCCACUUUUCUUAGAGGGCCUGCACCUGCACGCACGCCGAGCAAACGGACUGAGUCCUUAUCCGUAGUAAGUGUUCUUGUUUGCCUGUCUUCUCUGAAGUGAGACUCAGGGGUCAUGGACAAUUGCACUGCAAUAACAUUACAGUAUCAAGUAUACUGUAGUUUUCUUCUCUAAACGUGCAUUAUUUGGGCUGUCACUGACGUGCACCUACUGUACUAUACGAAGCCAAGAGAGCACAGCAUACGUGCAUGUCCAGGCGGAUCUGCUGACGCAGCGCAUGUGUUUUUUUAGCUCAUCAUUUACUGUGCGCCACUGCUCAUCAGCCCCAAGUAGCACAGUACAACAAUAAAUGAUGUCAGCAUACGCGUCUCAUUCAGGGUGCACUUAGAGCGUAGGAGGGGAGGAACUGGGGAACGCAUGGAACGUUAGUAGUAAAGGCCCCAGGGAGGGUCACGUGCCUAAACAACCAGUCCAGAUGCUACGUCGGCAUCUUCAUUUGUAAUUAACCAUACGACAACAAGUCACACUGUUUCCCUGUGCUGCUUUUGUUGAACAAUACAUACGAUACUGUUGGACACCUUUUAGAAAAUAAAUGCAUUAUAUUGCCACAUGUAAAAGGAAACUUUUUUUUUAACUGAACAACUUAUUUAGCAAAAUAUUAGUAUUUAUGUUUGUUUUGAAGCAUUGGGAGCAAUAAAUGAAACCACUUAUACCUGU